UUAUUAUAUUGUACGGUUAUGUGAUAAUAUGAGACAUAGAGUAGCUCCUAAAAUAUUUGUCUCAAAAGAACAAUGCAUCUCCCCAACUUACUUUUCAUUGGAAAUUAUUGAAUUUUCUUGAGGGUCAUGCUAGAAUUAACUGUGUGCUUGUGUGUUGUUGGGAGCAAAAUAAAACUGGAAGCAAUAGAUUUUUGUCACUAACUUCUUCAGCCCAGUUUUAGUAUUAGUAUGUCUACAGGGUCACGAGAGGGGCAUAUUGGAUUUGUGACUUGGGUAUAACCUGGUGAGCAAUACUCAAUGGCUUAAAUAAGGAAGGGCCUGCGUCUGAUACAUGGUGUUAUAUGUCAAGAGGUGUGUCUUUGUGACAGCUUAAGUUUUUGGCAUAGUGGUAAGCGCUCUUGGUCAUAUCAUUUGGUAUUAGAACUAGUGGGGGUUAGAAUUCUAGUUUAGACAUGUCUCCAAUAAUAUUAAUGUUCAUGCGCAAACCUUCUAUAAGAGGAAGGGAAUGAUACGCCCAUAGGCUUGUGAGGGAAGGGCCCACAUUUGAUGCAAGUUGGUAUAUGUUAAGAGUUGCACCUUUGCUGGCAGUUUAAACUUUUGGCAUAGUGGUUAGUGCUUCGUAUGAGCAGGCUCUGGUGGAUGCACGCAAGCUUAUUGAGCGUGAAAUGGAAAGAUUCAAAGUUUGUGAGAAGGAGACAAAGACCAAAGCAUUUUCCAAAGAAGGCUUGGGUCAACAGCCUAAAACUGAUCCUAGAGAAAAGGCUAAAUCAGAGACGAGGGAUUGGUUGAACAAUGUGGUUGGGGAGUUGGAAUCUCAGAUAGAAAACUUUGAAGCUGAGCUUGAAGGGCUUUCUGUUAAGAAAGGAAAGAGCAAGCCACCCAGAUUGACACAUCUAGAGACAUCUAUUACUCGGCACAAGGCUCAUAUAAAGAAAUGUGAAUUUAUCUUAAGGCUACUGGAUAAUGAUGAAUUAAGUCCUGAGCAGGUUAAUGAUGUCAAAGAUUUCCUUGAUGACUAUGUAGAGCGUAAUCAGGACGAUUUUGAAGAAUUCAGUGAUGUUGAUGAGCUAUAUAGUUCAUUACCUUUAGACAAAGUGGAGUCACUUGAAGAUAUUGUUACAAUUUCCCCUGGUCUUGCUAAGGUGGCACCUGUGCUUAGCUUAAAGUCUUCUGUGGCAGCACCAACAUCAGCAUCAGCAUCACAAACAUCUGAGCAAGCUGAUGAUACAACUUCCCAGGAUAGCAAUUCUGAUGUUGGUGCAAGAACUCCACCACCUAAAAUUAGUAUAAUUAGCUCUGCUACAACACCAGCUGGGAAUUUUGCUACCCCUGUUCCUAUGAAUGUUCCAGUGCCAAACUUGUCGAGUGCACCUGGUGUUGCAUCAGUCAUUCCUGGUUCAAAUACUGUUCGGAGUCCCUUGGAGACUAGUAGUGCUAUAAACGCUUCAUCUCCUGUAAAUCAGUCUACUACUAUGAAGGAGGAAGAGAUUAAUGGUUUCCCUGGCCGAAGACCAUCUCCAUCGCUUUCUGAUGCUGCACUUGUCAGGAACAUUAGUAGAAACAGCCUAUCAAAUCAAGCGACAAGCAACAUCUCUCUUGUUUCUGGUAACAUGGUUUCCAGCAAUGGUGCCCUUGGUUCGGUCCCUUCAGCCUCUGAAAUAACUAAGAGAAACAUAUUGGUAGCUGACGAUAGACAUGGAAGCAAUGGCAUGGUGCAGCCUCUUGUGUCCCCCUUAAGUAAUAGAAUGAUCACACCUCAAGUUGCAAGGGCCAAUGAUGGAACUACAACUACCUCAGUUGAUACUAGUAAUGUCAAUGAAGCUGCAAGUGUGUCUGGGAGAGUUUUCUCUCCUUCUGCUGUUCCUGGCAUCCAAUGGAGACCUGGAAGCCCCUUCCAGAGUCAGAAUGAUGCAGGUCAGUUUCGCGCAAGAACUGAAAUAGCUCCUGAUCAAAGAGAAAAGUAUUUGCAGAAGUUGCAGCAAAUGCAGCAGCAAGGGCAAAGUUCCCUUCUUAAUGUGGCAUCUCUUGCGGUAGGAAAUCAUAAGUCAUAUUCUGGCCACCAACAAAAUCCUCUAUUGCAGCAGCUUAAUUCUCAAAGCUCAUCUGUUACUUCUCAAUCUGGUGUGGGACUUGGAGUUCAGUCACUGGCUCUUAGUGGUAUUGCUUCUACCACAUUAUCACAGCCACCCAACUCUGUCCAUUCCCCAUCUAGCCAACAACUGUUGCUGUCAGUUGUUUCAAAAGAUGCAGAUGUUGGCAAUUCUAAGGUUGAAGAACUGCAGCAACAACAGAUUUUUCCUGACGAUUCUGGGACUGAAACUACUUCUAGUACUGGAAUUGGCAAGAAUUUCAUGAAUGAAGAUGAAUUGAAAUCCACUUACGCAGCAGAUUCUCCCGCAGGAGUACCAGCCUCUCUUCCUGAGCCUGCUCAGACUUCUAGAGAUAUUGAUUUGUCUCCUGGACAACCUUUACAGUUGAAUCAACGUACUGGUAACCUUGGAGUUAUAGGAAGAAGUUUUGCUGACCUUGGAGCUGUUGUUGACAACUUUAGUGGAUCAAUUACUAAUUCUGGUGGAGUGCACGAUCAAUUAUAUAAUCUGCAGAUGCUUGAGGCAGCUCACCGCAAAAUGCCAGAAUCCAAGGACUCAGAGCGUCCAAGGACCUAUACUCCUAGACACCCAGCGAUAACUCCUCCUAGUUAUCCUCAAGUACAGGCACCCUUUAUUAAUAAUCCUGGCUUUUGGGAAAGAGUAGGUCUCGAGACGUUUGGCACUGAUACCCUGUUCUUUGCAUUUUAUUAUCAACAGAACACUUACCAACAAUAUUUGGCUGCAAAAGAGUUAAAGAAGCAGUCUUGGAGAUAUCACCGAAAGUAUAACACAUGGUUUCAGCGGCACGAAGAGCCAAAAGUUGCAACAGAUGAAUAUGAGCAGGGCACAUAUGUGUACUUUGAUUUCCAUAUUGCAAAUGAUGAUCUGCAACAUGGGUGGUGUCAAAGAAUCAAGACUGAAUUCACUUUUGAAUACAAUUAUCUUGAAGAUGAGCCUAUUGUCUAGAAGAUUCGUAGAAGAUGCCAUCUGGAAAUUAUGCGACCUCUCGGUUCUUAUGUGCGUUUGUUUAGUUUUCACAGGCCUCUUUAGUACAUAGAUAAACUACUUUUACCUUCCGAAGAAGAAUGUAAAGAGAACAGCACAUAUAUGUUGAAUAAGCUUCCAUGUACAAUCUUUCUUUUCCUGCAAAGUGAAUUGCCAAUGUUUGAUUUUUAUAUUGCAUUUCACUUUUU